AUGUCCGCUGUCUGCGUGUCUCUUGCCAGGCCUUCUGUCACGAUGGCAAGGAUGGCUGCAACAGGCAAACGGUUGUUCGAUUCGAAUCUUCGACUCGACUCGACUCGACUCGCCUCGCCUCGCCUCCAGUCGAUACUUGGCCUGCCUAGGCAGGUAGUCGGUCACUCACUCCUCGCCACCAACCAGCCCACCGCGACCCCUGCUGCAUCACCUGGCGGUCGCGAGUCGAGUCGUAUUCGUGACUCGCUAGCCAGGCUGCCUGCCAGCCCCUGUGUGACUGGCCUGAUGCGACUCAGCGAGAGUACGAGACUACGAGCUGCCAGCAUAAAGCAAGGUUUCGACCGCGAAACCGGUGUGGUGAUAGCAAUGCUACCUACGGAGUACACCAGCCGUCUGAUCGCCCUAUUCCCCGUAUUCGUUAAUAAUAUCCUUGCCAAGUCAACCAGUCUUAAUCGACAAUAUCAGGUGUCCGACGAUCUGUCAGGACUCAGAAUGAAUGAUCUGUCAAUUCAGUUCAGUGCAGUUCAGUUGAUUUCAUUUCCAGCCCCCAUUAUUUUGUCUGCCCAGCCAGCCAGUCUGCCUGCAGCACAUAGCAAAGCAAAGCAUACAUAUGACGUAUAA